AUGUGGAAUGAAUGGAACGAUUCAAGCAAGAUGAAAACAUAUGCCUUGGUGGGCGUCACAUCCCUCUUGAUGGCAAUGGCCGUGUGCGCAAAGGCCGAUUAUAACUACACCAUCCCGAUUCGAAAAACCGCAGAAAUCCACCGUGAAAGCAAGCUUGUGAUAACAAAGACGGCAGUGAACAUAAUAUGUUCCUCCACAGAUUACAAACAAGAUUGCGCAUCGAGUCUCGGGACUGUGAGGUCCCCGGAUCCUCGGAACCUGAUUCGAUCUGCUUUUGAUCUAGCAAUCAUAUCGAUCCGGAGUGGAAUCAACAGGGGAAUGAUUGACUUGAAGGGCAGAGCGGACAAGGAUAUGCACAUGAGGGAGGCACUUAAUAGUUGCCGAGAGCUUAUGGAUGAUGCCAUUGACGAUCUUCGAAAAACGAGGGAUAAGUUUGGAGUGUUUUUGUUCACUAGAUUCUCAGACUUUGUUGAGGAUCUUUUGGUGUGGCUUAGCGGUUCGAUCACGUUUCAACAAACGUGCAUUGAUGGAUUUGAAGGGAUUGAUAGCGAAGCUGCAGUAAUUAUGGAGAGGGUCAUGAGGAAAGGGCAGAUUCUCACCAGCAAUGGAUUAGCGAUCGCAUCUAAUCUCGAUGGUUUAUUGAAGAGUUUCCGUAUACCAAUCCUUACGGUACGUAAGACGGAUCACAGACUCGGCAUUUUUGGUUCGGGUUCUUCACAAGAACAGCCUAUGGAUUCUUCGGAAGAUCUUCCUCAAAAAGGAGAUUCUUCCCAGAGCUCUCCUAAAAACAUGGACUCUUCCCAAAAUCAACCCUUGGAUUCAUCCGAGAAUCAACAGUUGGAUUCUUCCAAGGAUCCUCCUCAAAAAUUGAAUCCUUCCGAGAAUCGGCAGUCAGGUGGUGUUUCCGAGAAUCAGCAGCCGAAUCUUUCUGAGAAUCGACCGUUGGAUUCUCCUGAGAAUCAACCAUCAGAUUCUUCCAAUAAUCGACCUCUGGAUCCUCUUAGAAAAUUAAAUCCUCUAAGAAAACUUGAUCCUCUUGCAAAAAUGGAUUCUUUAAAGGAUCGACACUUAUCAGAGGGCGGAGAGUUCCCAAGGUGGGUAACAUCCCAUUCGCGGAGGCUGCUUGCAGCCCCCGCGAAAAGAAUCAACGCGAACGUAGUGGUGGCAAAGGACGGGAGUGGUAAGUGCAAGACAAUCGCACAAGCAUUGGCAAUGGUACCAAUGAGAAACACAAGGAAGUUCGUGAUUCAUAUAAAACAAGGUGUUUACAAGGAAACAGUAGAGGUAACAAAGAAAAUGGCUAACGUCGUGUUCGUCGGAGAUGGACCAACAAAGACCAUUAUCACCGGAGACAUCGCCUUCUUGCCUAACCGCGUCGGCACCUACCGCACUGCCACCGUCGCGGUGAACGGUGACUAUUUCAUGGCAAAGGACAUAGGGUUCGAAAAUACGGCCGGAGCCGCACGUCAUCAAGCCGUCGCACUACGAGUUUCGGCUGAUUUCGCUGUCUUUUUCAACUGUCAUAUGAAUGGUUACCAAGACACACUUUACGUCCACACCCACCGUCAGUUCUACCGUGACUGCCGCAUCUCAGGGACCAUCGAUUUCGUCUUUGGUGAUGCCAAAGCUGUCUUCCAAAACUGUGAAUUCGUCAUCCGCCGUCCAAUGGAUAACCAGCAGUGCAUCGUUACGGCCCAAGGACGUAAAGACCGGCGUGAGACGACCGGGAUCGUUAUCCACAAUAGCCGUAUAACCGGUGAUGCAACAUACCUUCCCGUCAAAGCCAAGAAUAGAGCGUUUUUGGGACGACCAUGGAAGGAGUACUCGAGGACAAUAAUAAUGAACACAGAGAUAGAUGAUGUAAUAGACCCGGAAGGGUGGUUGAAGUGGAACGAGACGUUUGCACUCAACACGUUGUUCUACUCUGAGUAUCGCAACAGAGGUCGUGGUUCGGGUCAGGCCCGUCGGGUCAGGUGGAGAGGUAUCCGACGAAUGUCCGAUAGAGACGCUAAGGAGUUCUCUCCCGGGAACUUCUUACGUGGCAACGCGUGGAUCCCACAGACGCGCGUGCCAUACAAUGCAAAUUGAAAGCCUAUCUCUUUAUCGUCGCGUUCUUUUUUUUUUUUU